CCUUGCUUCGCUGACAUUUCUAUGAUCCGGAUCCAGUUGCAUACAAGUUUGGCGCAGCAUAUCGUGCUGGCAUGAAAGAGAAGCAGACAAUCCUCCUCAUUACAGUUGCAGUAAUCACCUCGCUGACCAUGAUCAACUUUCAAUUGCUCCACUUGAUUCUAAACAACUAUAUGGACAUUGACUCGGCAUCGGUCAUAAGCGUAUCUCUGGGGAUGCUGCCCGACGACGACCUUGACAGCUCCUGCCUCGACGACCGCGGCAUAGUUGGACUCGGGGCCGUGUUGAUCUUUGUUGUGAACUUUGUGUUUGUGUUUGCUGCCGGUGUCCUGGCCAUGCUCGCCACUCGUGAUAAUCGGUGAGUGGGCUUGAGCCAGUGUCGCGAUGGUGGAUAUGAGUGGUAUAGCAACUCGUAACUUGGGCAUGUUGGGACCCAAGAUCACGGAUGUGUGUGGGCU